GAAGGGGCGGGCCACUGGCGGCCCGGCUGGAGUCCGGCGGUAGGCGGGGCUUUGUUGCCGGAGUAACCCGGCUUUGGUGACGGUUCCUUCCUGUUGCAAAGAUACCUGUUUCCUUGUGCUAAGAUCCUGAAGCUAUGAAUCAUAGUGAGAGAUUCGUUUUCAUCGCAGAGUGGUUUGAUCCAAAUGCUUCACUAUUUCGACGUUAUGAGCUUUUAUUUUACCCCGGGGAUGGAUCUGUUGAAAUGCAUGAUGUAAAGAAUCAUCGCACCUUUUUAAAGCGGACAAAAUAUGAAGACCUUCACCUGGAAGAUUUAUUUAUAGGCAACAAAGUGAACAUCUUUUCUCGACAACUGGUGCUGCUUGACUAUGGAGAUCAAUACACAGCUCGCCAACUGGGCAGUAGGAAAGAAAAAACAUUAGCCCUGAUUAAACCAGAUGCAGUAUCAAAAGCUGGAGAAAUAAUUGAAAUAAUAAACAAAGCUGGAUUUACUCUAACCAAACUCAAAAUGAUGAUGCUAUCAAGGAAAGAAGCAACAGAUUUUCACAUAGACCAUCAGUCAAGGCCCUUUUUAAAUGAGCUGAUCCAGUUUAUUACAAGUGGACCUAUAAUUGCCAUGGAGAUUUUACGAGAUGAUGCUAUAUGUGAAUGGAAGAGACUUCUUGGACCUGCAAACUCUGGCCUGGCACGUACAGAUGCUCCUGAAAGCAUUAGAGCCCUCUUUGGAACAGAUGGCAUAAAGAAUGCAGCUCAUGGCCCUGAUUCUUUAGCUUGUGCUGCCAGAGAAAUGGAGUUAUUUUUUCCUUCCAGUGGAGUGUGUGGGCCAGCAAACACUGCUAAAUUUACCAACUGUACUACUUGUUGCAUUGUUAAGCCCCAUGCUGUCAGUGAAGGACUUCUGGGAAAGAUCCUGAUGACUAUCCGAGAUGCAGGUUUUGAAAUCUCAGCUAUGCAGAUGUUUAACAUGGAUCAGAUUAAUGUUGAAGAGUUUUAUGAAGUUUACAAAGGAGUCGUGUCUGAGUAUAAUGAAAUGGUGACAGAAAUGUAUUCUGGGCCUUGUGUAGCAAUGGAGAUUCAACAAACUAAUCCUACAAUGACAUUUCGAGAAUUCUGUGGACCUGCUGAUCCUGAAAUUGCCCGACAUUUACGCCCUGGAACCCUACGGGCAAUCUUUGGUAAAACUAAGAUCCAGAAUGCUGUCCACUGUACGGAUCUGCCAGAGGAUGGUCUAUUAGAGGUUCAGUAUUUCUUCAAGAUCUUGGAUAACUAGCAGUGCAGAAAGUAAAGCAGUCACAGGUUGGGGCAUUUAGACAAGAGUGAAUCACGCACAUGAGGAAUGUGUUCAUUCUUUUAUUGUCCAUUGUUUUAACCUGACUGAAUACAAGAUCAACAAGAGCACUGUACUCCUGGCAAUUAUGACAUAUGUUAGAACAUGGAUUUUUGCACUGUAGACAACAUUCAACAUCAGUCUAUGGGGUACUGCAUUGCUUUUUAUAAAGUCCAAAAUAAAGAUUUAUUUUCAAACAAGUGACUUUGGUUUAUUUCAUACAUUACACUUUUUCUUGCAGAAAAAAAUAAAAUUGUACAACUGCAUAAAUAUAAAAUUCUUCCACCAUGAAAAUGGUUAAAACAUUCAUAAAGACACAGCACCAGCAUGUGAUGCCUCCAGAGAAAGGAAAAAAGGAAAGUGAAAGAAAAGGUACAAAGCAAAUGAAUCGGCCCUAUCACUAGCCAAAGUGAUGGGCGCUCCGGAUCUCACCCACAGUUUCAGAACGGACUGGAGGACGGGGAAGGAGAAGUCAAGACGGCAUUCAGGACAAAGCACAACGCCACCCAUCACCUCUGCGUGUGUUUCCAUAGUGACACUUAGAGUUUAGAGGGCAGUUCCCCCAUGACAGCCCACCCCACCCCCACCCGGACCCAGGAGAGAAAAAGAGAAGAC